AUGGCGCCACACUUGGUGUCAGAGAAGGUGACGAACGGACUGAGAGGAGAGCGCCGGAGGAUAGAGGAUAAAUGCGACAUGAAAGGCCUCACCACCACGAUGGUGACGAUCACCAUGCAGCCACCGCCUGCCAGCAAGCGGGUUCCCAUGGUAUUCUAUGGGUGGCUUUGCUUCGAAGAGCACACAUCCAACGACAACAUCUUUAUGAACUGCAGCCUCAUGGCCGACAGGUGUGCUAGAUCCACCUUGCCCUGGGCACCAGAGUCGAACUAUAUCGUGCCAGUCGCAGAAAAGGACUCACUUCCAACUGCAGCUGAAGGAUCUCGGUCUUUCAGUGACGUGCAGGAAAGUGCACAGCUUCUGUCUGGAAAGGAAUUUCCAACAGCGAUCCUCAAGGCACUUCUCGCAAAGGCAAAGCUUCCAUCGGGCUUGCUUGGGAUUGUCAAUACUACUCCAUACGACUGCUGCUUGGAAAGUGUGGCAUUGGAGUGGAACAGCCAUACACCCGCCCAGCGCAUGAGAACCCUAUCCAUGGCUGACAGCAAGAGCAGUACAACUGUGGACUAUUGCCAAAAAGUCAUGGCCAUGAGACUGAUGGAGGACUGGUGUUACCAUGGAGGGGUCUCAACAUCUCAAACCUUGGCCUUCCAAUCCAAGCAGUGUUGUUUAGGUAUUGUUCAUUGCCCCAUGUAA